AUAUACUAACAAAACAGUUCUUCAAGCCGUUCAAUUGUUGGAACCGACAUAUCAAAGAUUCGGUUUUUGUUCGAACUUGAAGAAGAAUCAGAAGAAGCUAAGAUGAUCGAUGAAGAAGAGACCAGUGGACUGUCGAAAUUAGUUUUCAAAUUCGAGUUUCAGACGGAUACUUUCGAGAAGUUAAGCAGAGGAGGUUACAGAUCGUUAAGUGGUUCCGGUGAGAGCGAGAGCGAUUCCUUGUCUUGUUCUCCGGCGAUUAAUACGGUGGAGAAGAAGUAUAAUUCUCCGUCACCGGCGAAGAAUCUCACUUUCGCUGUCGAAAACUCAAAGGCAGCGACUUUUAGGGUUGAAGAUUGUUUACAGAAGGGAGAAAAAACAGAGGAUUACAGCGAGAGCAGUUUUUUGUCUAAUUCUCCGGCGGUUUACACGACGGCAAAGAAGUAUGAGUCUCCUUCUCUGGUGAAGGAUCUCAGUUUUGUUGUUGAGAACCCAAAGUCGGCGACUUUUAGGGUUGAGGAUUGUUUGAAGAACCGAGAAAAAACAGAGGAUUACUCCGGUGAGAGUUUGAGCGGGUUUUUACGCUCUUCUUCUACUUAUCCGGUCAUUCCCACGGCGGAUAAUAAGUACGGAUCGCCAUCUCCGGCGAAGAAUCUCACUUACGUUCUCGAAAACCCAGAGGCGGCGACAUUUAGGGUUGAUAAAACAGAGGAUCACUCUGUUUCUUCCACCGUUUGCAAGAAAGAGAAUUCCGAGAAGAUCAGAUUCUUAACAGAAGAAGAUUUUGUGGAAUCGGAUUCUGAUUUCGUUGACUCGAGUCAAACAUUCACAAGCAACGAAGAUGGGUUCUUAUCAGAUUCCGACUUUGGAGAAACAUCACCACCGGAGGAGAAAGGGCAAAACCGUAAAACCCCCAAUUCGUCAGGUUCUUGUUCUGAUUCAGAGGAAGGAGAAGAAGAAGAGGACGAAGAAGGAUUCGAGAGUUUAUGGGAGCAUCAAAAUUUGAUAGAGCAACUUAAGAUGGAGAUGAAGAAAGUUAAAGCUAUUGGUGGGCUUCAGACAAUUCUUGAAGAAGAGGAAGAAGACGAUGAUUGUCCUAAGAUCAUGGAGGAGUUAAAGCCAUGGAGAAUCGAAGAAGAGAAGAGAUUCAAACAUGUUGAUACCAUUGGAGAAGUUCAUAAGUUCCAUCGAAGUUACAGAGAAAGAAUGCGAAAACUCGAUAUCUUGAGUUUUCAAAAGUCCUUUGCUCUUGGGCUUCUUCAAUCAACGAACCCCUCGACCGUUGGAUCUUCUCCUUCACAGACAUCAUUUUCCUCGAUUUUUAAUCUCCGGUUAUGGAAACCAAAGAAACCGGAAACCGAACCUUUGGUUCAAUUCAGAAAAGAGACUCAUGGAGAAUUAGAGAACGUAUACGUUGGUCACAUGUGUUUGUCGUGGGAAAUUCUUCACUGGCAAUACGAAAAGGCCAUUAAAUUACUGGAAUCCGAUGUGUACGGUUCUCGUCGGUACAACGAAGUCGCCGGAGAGUUUCAACAGUUUCAGGUUCUGCUUCAGAGGUUUCUUGAAAAUGAACCGUUCGAGGAGCCAAGAGUGCAACACUACAUCAAGAAACGUCGUGUUCUUCGUAACCUACUUCAAGUCCCGGUUAUUCGAGAAGAUGGAAACAAGGACAAGAGGAAGGAAAGAAGAAGAGAUUACGAAGAAAAUGAUGACGGUGCGAUUAAAAGUGAACAACUUGUGGAGAUUAUGGAGGAAACCAUCCGAUUGUUCUGGCGGUUUGUACGUUUUGAUAAGUUAAGUAGCUCCAUUAAUGAUCAUAAAUCUAGAACCAAGUCACAGAUAGAGCCAGAUCAUGAAGAAGACUCGGAAGAUCUAGAGAUGUUCGCAGAUGUUAAAGCAGAGCUUCAAAAUAAGGAGAAAAGGUUGAAAGAUGUGUUGAAGAGUGAGAGAUGUAUCAUAAGAAGAUUCAAAAAGCACAAGGAAGAAGAUUCAACGGAAGAUCAAGUGCUUCAUUUCUUCUCGCAAGUGGACAUGAAACUUGUGACAAGGGUCUUGAACAUGUCCAAAUUGACCAAGGAUCACUUGGUUUGGUGUCAUAAUAAGUUGACCAAGAUUAGCUUUGUAAAUAGAAGGUUACUUUUAGAUCCUUCCUUUUGUCUCUUCCCUUGUUGAGAUUUUUGUAUUGAUAUGUAGAUUUUAUGAUCAAUUGGAGUAGUAAUUGACAAAUUUUAUAUUUGACAUAGCUUGUGAAUACUGUUUAUGCUUCUUUAUUUAGUAGUGGCGUACGCCUU